AUGUCAAACAGAGCGCGACUGUUGGUGGAACUAGCUCGAAAUUCAGCAUCUAGUGCAGUAGCCUCUCACCAAGUGCCCAAAGACGAUAACAUUAACAAUUUUGCGACCCAAUUGAACGAUGCAUCAGAUCCUCAAAGAACAGAGAGCAUGGUUCAAGUGUCAGUUCAAGAUCUAUUAGGAAAUGCAGAAUUGGUAGAUAAUCCAAUUUUAACAGUCCUAGAAGAAAUCCCAAAAGAAACAUCGCAUUCCAAAACUGAUGAAAAGUUAUAUUAUUUGGAACAAAACACAGAUUCUGAUAGUGGUAUUGUACCAAUAAUUGACUAUCAGGAAGAAGUUGUAGCAGAUGAAGAAGAGGUCCAUGAUGCAACUUCAGAUACUGAAAGACAUUCAGAACCAGAUCCAUUUCAGGAAAGUGGCAGCGAGUAUCUGCCAACAGAUACUGACUCAGAAAAUAGUUUAGGAAACGAAAACGUUGAAAACCAAGGAGGUGGAAACCAAGAAGAUCGUCGGACACCGGAUGGAAGAACAAAAAAACGUAAGAGUAAAGGGCAAAGAGAUCCAUCGCAAUGGAAACGAGCAAAAAAUUCGCAAGCGAGACUUAAAGGCCAUGCAUACAUGGGAUUUCAGAAAAAUACUGGAGGCAAGUACCAGCAAACAGUCUGUAGAGUUCAGCGCAAAGUAAAGCCGUCAUGUGGGGGACACAAAAAUGACUCUAAGGGACCACAACAAAAAUUUGAAUGUUUGCAAAUUACAAAUGAAAUGCGUAAUCAAAUAUUUCAAUCUUUUUGGGAAAUUAGUUCUUGGGAAGGUAAAAAAAUUUAUGUAAGUAGUCUUGUACUGCACUCUCAGCCCAAACACAGAAGACGAAACACUGCAGAAGAAGAGUCUCGAAAGAAAACAGGGUUUAAAUAUUAUUUAAUAACUAAAGAUAAUCCAGAGUCUACCAAAAAAUAUCACGUAUGCAAGAAAAUGUUUUUAGCCACUUUAGGUAUUGGAGAAAGAUGUGUAAGAGAAUGGGUUUUAAACAAAUGUUUACCAAAUAUGGAGCUAGGUAUUGAACCGGCUUUAGUAGAGCCACCUCAGGAUUCCGAAUGCACAAAAAAUGUUAAUCAAUUCUUAGACAGCUUGCCUAAAGUUGAAUCGCACUACUGUCGAGCAUCCACUAGGAAACUUUAUUUGGAACCCACUUGGAAUAGUUACAGACAUUUGCAUCGUGAGUUUAUUAACUAUUGUGAACGUCAAAACCUAAGACCUUGUUCUUGGAGACUUUUCUAUAAAACUUUUAAGACAAGAAAUCUUGAAAUUUAUACACCUCGUAAGGACCAGUGCAACACAUGCGUGAAUUUAAGUCAAGCAGAUUACGAUAGUCACGUUGCCAAGAAAGAACAGGCACGGUCAGAAAAAGAGCAAGACAAACAAGAAGCUAUCUCAUCAGAGGCAGGAAACUCAAAGCGGCUUGUUGUUCGGCUGAAUAGAUUCCUAAAUGACCAGGCCAGGAGGAAAGUAAAACGAAUCUCAUCUUUCCCUGACCUACGCGCAUACUUUUCUAUUGUGCUGUGUGUAACAGAAUGA